AUGUAUGUUGUGGGAAACAUCUACCUCAUCGCCGCCAUAUCGGUGAUUGGCGGUGCGCUUUUCGGUUUCGACAUCUCUUCCAUGAGCGCCGUAAUAUCGACUCAACCAUAUCUGUGCCGAUUCAACGAACUUGGAUUCAAUGAGAAUGGUUCCUGCAAGGGUCUGCAUGAGGACGUCCAGGGCGGUGUCGUGGCUGCAAUGCCCGGUGGCUCUCUUAUCGGUGCCAUGGUCUCCGGUUUCCUUUCCGACCACUUUGGACGCAAGCCAACUAUACAGAUCGGAGCUGCUAUAUGGUGUGUUGGCUGCGUGAUUACGGCCGCUGCCGUCAACGUGCCUAUGUUGGCUAUCGGCCGUGUCAUCAAUGGCUUCUCUGUUGGCAUCUGCUCUGCCCAGGUUCCCGUCUACAUUUCUGAGAUUUCCAAGCCCUCGGUUAGAGGACGCAUGAUAGGCGCCGUUCAGUGGGCGAUUACAUGGGGUAUCGCCAUCAUGUUUUUUAUUUGCUAUGGCUGCUCCUUUAUCAAGUCAGAGGCGGCUUUCCGUCUGCCGUGGGGUAUCCAAGCCGUCCCGGCCGUUCUCCUAGGAAUAGGCCUCAUCUUCCUUCCUGAAUCUCCCAGAUGGCUAGCCAAGCAAGACAGAUGGGAGGAUUCGCUAGCGGUCCUGGCCCGCACACACGGAAACGGGGACCCCAACGCUCCCUUCGUCGUCAAGGAAAUGGCCGAGAUCCGGGAAGUGGUCGAGUUUGAGCGCGCCAACGCCGAUGUCUCCUACCUGGAGCUUUUCCGCCCCAAGAUGAUCGUCCGGACCAGCAUUGGAGUGGCAACGCAAAUUUGGAGCCAACUGACCGGAAUGAAUGUUAUGAUGUACUACAUUACCUACGUCUUCACCAUGGCCGGUCUCGGAAGUGAUGUCCUCCUGCCCAGCGGCAUCCAGUUCAUCAUCAACGUGGUCAUGACGGUGCCCGCUCUCAUAUGGAUGGACAGUUGGGGUCGCCGCCCUACGUUGCUGGUUGGCGCCGCUCUCAUGUGUCUCUGGCUAUGCAUCAACGCCGGUCUAUUCGCGACCUACAGCCGCCCGCCGCGACCCGAGGACAACUUCACUUCAGCGUCAAUGUCGAUGAAGAUCGAGGGGGCUCCGGCCAAAGCCGUCAUCGCUUCGACAUACCUGUUUGUCGCAUCUUUCGCAUGCACCUGGGGUCCGACAUCUUGGGCCUACCCGCCUGAACUCUACCCUUUGAGGCUCAGGGGCAAAGCCGUCGCCCUUUCGACCGCAAGCAACUGGACUUUCAAUUUUGCCCUUGCGUACUUUGUACCUCCCGCUUUCGCAAACAUCACAUGGCGCACCUAUGUCAUUUUUGCCGUCUUCUGCGCCACCAUGUUCAUUCAUGUGUUUUUCUUGUUUCCCGAGACGGCCAAUAAACCGCUGGAAGAGGUUUCCGAGCUGUUUGACGACACCAAACCCGGCGCGAUCCGGCUCAUCGGCACCCCGGCAUGGAAGACGCACAACACACGCAACUCGGCGAGGCGCGUCGAGCGCAACGAGCUGGACGUCGAGGACAAGGUGGGAGGCACCCCGCCAGCGAUUGAGCAGAAGGAGAAUGUUGCAUAG